CACCCCUCUUUGUCCUGCCGGGACAGGAAAAAAGAAGACAUCAUAGACGCGUUUUAACCCUACAGCAAACGUUUCCUCUUUCUUUCUCCUCUCGAGGAGAACCCUUUUCUCUGGGUUCUUUUGACCAGAGAUAAAUCUGAAACUUGAUUUCAGAAUCAAUAACUUAAACCGAAACUCAAUAGAUCUCAAUCUUUACAUCUUCAUCAAUACCAUAAUACCAGGCAUUUUGAUCUGUAUGUCAUAAACCCUAAUUAUCAGGUGAGGCAUUUCAGACGCUCGGUGCUGAUUUACAGGAAGAAUUCGAGUUCAUUGAUUGCUAAGAGCAACUCUGAAAACUAGCGAAUUUGAUACGAUGGAUGAUCGUAAGGAUGAUGACAGUUCUCCUGUAAGUUCUAUAGAUAAUUUUGGCAACAUGAUCGGGAUUGUAUGUGAUGACGGGAUUGUAGUUUCGUGUCUCAAGCAAUUUCAUGUGGUGGGUGAUGAUGAUAAUCCCGAUACCCUUGUAGAAGUAUACCCUAAAAAAGAUUCAGAGUAUGACAGAUUGUUUGUCAUCGAUGGAAAUCCAAAACUAGUGUUGUGUGGAGUUGGUGGCCAUCGUAUAUUAUGUCCAUUAGUGAAUAGGGUUGCAGAGGAAGUGCGAGGGGCUAAGGAAAAGUUCAUUUCUAGACCAACCAUUAAAAGCCUUUCAGAUAAAGUGUCGAAAUUUGCAAAUUCAUUUCUUAUUGGUGGUGCAAUUUUUCAUCUCUUCAUAGCGGGAGUUGACAAAGAUUUUCUUGGCAAUUCUAAAUUAGAUUUGAGGUAUAUCAACCAAUCUGGUGAUAUUAGCAUACCGAACAGGUUUGUAGCAGGAUCGCCUCCUGCUACAAACCUGUUCGGUAUGCUAAUAUCACCAGGUUUGUAGCAGGUUGAUAUACCAAUUCUAAAUUGGUAUAUCAACCAAUCUGGUGAUAUUAGCAUACCGAACAGGUUUGUAGCAGGAUCGCCUCCUCCUCCAUUUGGUGUCUGAUCUGAUUAGACACCAAAUGGAGCAUUUUGAAACCAGAACUAUUAAUCAAGCAAUUAAUGUGAUUAAGUUUGCUUUUGGAAGUGUCAUAAAGAAGGAAAAAGAUUUAAAAUAUGGAUAUAUUGAUAUCAGAGUUAUAAACAGAAAUGGAUAGGUGACCGAGUACAGAUAUGAUGAUUUGAAGAAAAUUGUGGGAGCAUAUUAUGCUUAAAUGAGAAGGAAAGUGGUUGAGGAGGAAGUAGAGGAGAGUGAUUAAGAAGGAAGUGGAACCUUAAAUUUCAAUAUUUAUGAUGUUAAUUUUAUGUGUUGUGCACUAAAAAGUACAUGUAUUUAGCUUUGUGCUCUACUUGAUAUCGUAGACUUAAUUAAAAUGUUGAUUUCUACUGUUAGUUAAAAUAUUUCAGAUUUUAAAAUAGUUCCCUAAAAACAACUAAUUCAGUUUUUAAUCAAUUUAU